CGCACGUGGUGGCUGGUUUUUGGGCUCUGCCAUAGUAGCAAAGCAUUCCGCUGCAGCCCCAAAGUGAGGGAACGGAGCCGGCGAGAGCCAUGGAGGGGCAGAGUGUGGAGGAGCUGCUGGCCAAAGCGAAGCAGGAGGAGGCGGAGAAGCUGCAGCGCAUCACGGUGCACAAGGAGCUGGAGCUGGAGUUCGACCUGGGCAACCUGCUGGCUUCGGACCGCAACCCCCCGACGGUGCUGCGCCAGGCCGGACCCUCGCCGGAGGCCGAGCUGCGGGCCCUGGCGCGGGACAACACGCAGCUUCUUGUCAACCAACUAUGGCAGCUGCCAACCGAGCGCGUGGAGGAGGCGGUGGUAGCGCGCUUGCCUGAGCCCGCCACACGCCUGCCCCGCGAGAAGCCGCUGCCCCGGCCACGACCGCUCACCCGCUGGCAGCAGUUCGCGCGCCUUAAGGGCAUCCGUCCCAAGAAGAAGACCAACCUCGUGUGGGACGAGGUGAGUGGCCAGUGGCGACGCCGUUGGGGCUACAAACGUGCCCGAGAUGACACUAAGGAGUGGCUGAUCGAGGUGCCUGGGAGCGCAGACCCCAUGGAAGACCAGUUCGCCAAGAGGAUUCGGGCUAAGAAAGAACGCGUGGCCAAGAACGAGCUGAACCGACUGCGGAACCUGGCCCGCGCGCACAAGAUGCAGAUGCCCAGCUCAGCCGGCCUGCACCCUACGGGACACCAGAGUAAGGAGGAGCUGGGCCGCGCCAUGCAAGUGGCCAAGGUCUCCACCGCUUCUGUGGGACGCUUCCAGGAGCGCCUCCCCAAGGAGAAAGCGCCCCGGGGCUCCGGCAAGAAGAGGAAGUUUCAGCCCCUCUUUGGGGACUUUGCAGCCGAGAAAAAAAACCAACUGGAGCUACUUCGAGUCAUGAACAGCAAGAAACCUCAGCUGGACGUGACGAGGGCCACCAACAAGCAGAUGAGGGAAGAGGACCAAGAGGAGGCUGCCAAGAGGAGGAAAAUGAGCCAGAAAGGCAAGAAAAAAGGGGGCCGGCAAGGACCUUCGGGCAGGAGAAAGGGCGGUCCACCGAGUCAGGGAGAGAAAAGGAAAGGAGUCUUGGGAGGCAAGAAGCAUUCCAGGCCACCUGCCUUAGGUGGCAAGAAGAAAGGAGUGCCGCACCAUGGAGGGAAGAGGAGAAAGUAGUGCUCUCCCCUCUGGACCUCUUCUGAAAAGCUAGAACCGUACUUGCUGUAGGCUGGUUCAGGAGGUGGCCGCUGUCCUCAAUGAGCUUGACAUUGAACGGGCAGGUUUGCCUCCCCUCGAGUCAGUGCUGGACUACGAAUUAAUGGAGACACUGACUGGUUGGUGUGUUUUGAGAUUAUGAGAAUUACAGAAAUACUGUGGUCAGAACCAGGAAUAAGUUAAUGCCUGCCUUUUUAUCUUGACUUUGGAUGCUGGGUAAAGGUUGAUCAAAUUUCUAGGUUAUAGUAGACUGGUUUCAGCAUUUUUGCAUUAUUUUGGUAAUAAAGCUUGUAUAUUUAUCAAAGCAGGAAGAAGGGGGAAAUUUACAAGUUUGCCGGUAGAAGUUAUAUGUGAAGCCAGUGACAUGGGUACCAAUACGUGUGUGCUUGCAAAAAAAAAAAAAAAAAA